GGAAGCGCGUGCAGCGAGUGACAGCAGGCUCCUCGUGCAGCAGACAGACAGACAGACAUCACCUGUGCUCUGAGACACACUCAGGUGGAUCCUUCUUCUUCUUCUUCUUCUUCUUCUUCUUCUUCUUCUUCUUCUUCAGUCCUCCUGCUGCUGCCGCGUCUCUUCUUCGUCAUGAGCUCAGAGGAGACUUUUAAAAAACGCUCUCGUGCAUGACUGACGGACUCCAGGAUGACAACGACUGCCAUGGACACAAACAACAACAACAACAACAACAACAACAAUAACAAUAGCAGCAGCAGCAGCUCAGGAGGUGUGAUCUCCUACGUGGGUUCAUGUGGAGGCUCUCCGGCUCGGACCAGUCCAGUCUCUAUGUACAGCGAGAACUCCAACUCCCAGCCCUGUUUCACCUCCUCUUCCUCUUCGUCCUCCUCUUCGUCCCUCAGCAGCAGCAGCAGCUCAGGCUCCGCAGGAGAAGAUGGCUCCUCCUCAGCAGGAGGUUCACCUCGAGGCCGAGACGACAGCGGCGGCUCCCUGAGGGCGUCGCCCAGCAAGUCUGUGGCCAGUCUGACCAAGCUGAACAGCAUGGUGCUGCUGUGUAAAGUUUGUGGUGACGUAGCUUCAGGUUUCCACUACGGAGUUCACGCCUGUGAAGGCUGCAAGGGUUUCUUCCGGCGCAGCAUCCAACAGAACAUCCAGUAUAAGAAGUGUGUGAAGAAUGAGAGCUGCACCAUCGUGAGGAUCAACAGGAACCGCUGUCAGCAGUGUCGCUUCAGGAAGUGUUUGUCUGUGGGCAUGAGCCGCGACGCGGUUCGUUUCGGUCGGAUCCCGAAGCGUGAGAAACAGAGGAUGUUGGCAGAGAUGCAGAGCGCCAUGAACAACAUGGUGAACAACCAGCUGCAGAACGACUUCCAGCUCGCCAGCCUCUCUUCCUCCUCCUCGUCAUCUUCGUCAUCCUCCUCCUCCUCCUCUCCCUGCCCGGGCGUCACCAUCGCUGCUCAGCCCCAGCCCUCCGCCCUGCCACUCACUCCUUCCUCCCCCUCAGCUCCCGCCCCUGCUUCCUCCUCCUCUCCUCCUCCUCUUCCUCCUCCCCCGUGUCAGAGCCCACCCUCCUCCUCCUCCUCCUCCUCCUCCUCCUCGUGCUCAUCCUCCUCCUCCCCGCCUCCCAGCCCGGGGCUGGACUCCACCAUCAGCGCCAUUGCCCGUGCUCACCGAGAGACCUUCUUGUACGCCCAUGACAAGCUGACCAAUCCCUACGCGCCACCUCAGCAGCAGCAGCAGCAGAAUAACCACGCCCACCACCACAAUGGGGAGGCAGAGCCCUGGGGGCCCAACCGCUGCCCCAAUGGUUACCACGCCAACGACCUCAACACCAUCUAUCACCACAACAACAACCUCGGGGCGGGGCGCUACCUGCCACAAGACAACGGUCGCAACGGCACACACCACCAUCACCACAGCAACGGGAGGCGGAGCCAGCAUAACAGUAACGUGACUGGAGGAGACAGGCUCGGCGAUCAUGUGACCCCGGGGCAGAAGUGUCCAAUGAAGAACCGCACGGGGAUAGUGCUGGCCUGUCCCAUGAACAUGCAGCCUCACGCCGACCCCUCAAAGACCCCUCAGGAGAUCUGGGAGGACUUCUCUCUGUCCUUCACCCCCGCCGUCAGAGAGGUGGUGGAGUUUGCCAAACAUAUCCCAGGAUUCAGUGCUCUGACCCAGAACGACCAGGUCACCCUGCUCAAGGCCGGCACCUUCGAGGUGCUGAUGGUGCGCUUUGCGUCCCUGUUCGACGUGAAGGAGCAGACGGUGACCUUCAUCUCCGGCGCCACCUACAGGCUGGAGGAGCUGCUGGCGAUGGGGAUGAAUGAGCUGCUGGGAGCCAUGUUUGACUUCAGCUACAAACUGGCUGUGCUGGAUCUGAGCGCCCAGGAGCUGGGGCUGUUCACUGCUGUGGUGCUGGUGUCGGCAGACCGGUUUGGUAUCGAGAACGUGGCGUCCGUGGAGCAGCUGCAGGAGAACCUCAUCAAAGCGCUUCGCUCGCUGGUCAACAAACCCGCCGUCGACGCCGGCAACAACCAUCACAACCUCGACUCGCCGCGUUUCACCAAACUGCUGCUGAAGCUGCCCGACCUGCGGACACUCAACAACAUGCACUCUGAGAAGCUGCUGUCCUUCCGCAUCGACGCCUGAUGACCUCACCAAUGACCUCACCGAUGACCUCACCGAUGACCUCACCGCACUCUGUUCAGACUCAGAUCAGUGUCACUUCCUGUGGUCCUUGAUGAUAACUAUGACAUCAUAUGGUGCUUUCUAUCGCUGUGACGUUGGCUCGUCACAUCAUCGUAACAAGUGAUGUGCUGAUGAUGUCAUCGCCGCCAACUCCGUCAGCGUUGCAAUGACUGACAGUGAUGAUGUCAUCAACAGUUCAACUGCUCAGCAUGCAGCUCACCGCCAAAAUAAGAGUCUGUAGCCUGCCUAGCACACUGACGGGCCAAGUUAAAGGAACAGUCAGACAUUUUAAUCUGUGUGAAUCCAGGACUCAGUGUUAGCCUAGCUUAGCACAAACAGGAGGAAAUAAAUCACCAGCCAUUCAUGAACACAGAAAUUACUCUCUCAGAAUACUUCAAUGUUGUCACUUUAACGGGUAUGUUAGUAUUUAUAGGGUUAAUAACUCAGAUUCAGUUUGAUAGUGAUGACGUCAACAAUUAGCUUCAACGCUAACUGCUACUAAAACCACAGAGUUCCUGUUUAUAUUUCUGUUUCUUCACCUGAUUGAUACAUGUCACGCGACUCAGAGUUUAAACUGUUGGAAGGUGGAGAUCUGUUCAGAUGGAGGCUAACAGUUUCCCCCUGCUUCCAGCCUUUAUGCUAAGCUAAGCUAACAGUUUCCCUUCAUUUCCCGUCUUUAUGCUAAGCUAAGCUACCACUUUCCCUUU